CGCGGUGCCCGCGCCCGAGGGCUCCCCGCCGCCGCGGCCGGGCCGAGGCGCUGCGCGUUGCUCAGCAAGGGCGGGCCCGGGGCCCCUUAUCCGUCCCCGGGAGGGGCUUGUGAUCACCAUGGCUGCAGUGGAUCGUUUCUACCUCCUGUACAGAGAGAUCAGUCGUUCCUGCAGUUUUUACAUGGAGGCUCUGGCUCUAGUUGGAGCUUGGUACACAGUCAGAAAGUGUGUCUCUCUUGUGUUUGACACUUACAGCGUGCUUAGGCUGCAUGUGAUUCCAAGGCUGGGCGGCGAGAUCGAUCUUGUCAAGCGGUAUGGAAAGUGGGCCGUGGUCACUGGUGGCACGGAUGGUAUUGGGAAGGCGUAUGCUGAGGAGCUGGCAAAGCGUGGCGUCAGUGUCAUCUUAAUCAGCCGAAACAAAGACAAGCUGGAGGCUGUCUCUAGAAGUAUAUCUGAAACCUACAAAGUGGAAACAGAUUUCAUAGUGGCUGACUUCAGCAAGGGACGUGAGCCUUACCCAGCCAUUAAGGAGGCUCUGAGAGACAGAGAAAUUGGCAUUUUGGUGAAUAACGUGGGAAUUUUUUAUCCCUACCCAGACUAUUUUACCAACCUACCUGAGGAUUUGCUGUGGGACAUAAUCAAUGUAAAUAUUGCUUCUGCUAACAUGAUGAUGCAUAUUGUGCUGCCAGGCAUGGUAGAGAAGAAGAAAGGGGCAAUUGUGAAUAUUUCUUCUGCAUCCUGUUGUCAGCCAACACCAAUGAUGACAAUCUAUGGAGCCUCUAAAGCCUACUUGGACUACUGCAGUAGAGCACUACAUUAUGAGUAUGCCUCAAAAGGAAUCUUUUUUCAGAGUUUAACCCCGUUUGUAGUUGCUACAAAAAUGGUAACGGGCAGCACUGUCGUAUCAAGGAAAUCUUUCUUUUUCCCUUCUGCUGAAGAAUAUGCCAGUCAUGCAGUUUCUACUCUUGGGUUAUCCAUGAGGACUACUGGUUACUGGAAGCAUGCAAUAAAGUUCACGUUGGCUGAGCACCUCCCCGAAUGGCUCUGGGCAUGGUUUGCAAUGCAUUUUUGCAGAAUUAUGGUCAAGGAAGUUAUAAGACAAAGUGAAAGAGGAUCAUCCAAAUGUCCUGUGUACUGAGGAGUAUGUUCUCAUCGGAGUGCUGCAAAAAUGUUUAGUGAACUUUGGUGGGCUUACUGGAACUCAUCUGUACGUUGCUAAUCAAGCUUCGUGUAAUAUAGACAUCUGAGGAACUGAGGCUUGUAUGCUUUUUUUAUUCCAAGUGUGAAUGAUCUUGCUAAUACUUUUUUGCUUCAGCAAUCUGAAACAAAGGAUGUAUUUUUCUUUAAUGUUUUGAUUUAAAAAUUCUGAUUUUUCUAUUAUAAUAAUUAAAA